GCUGGUUGUCGAAAAUCGGACCAAUGCACGUCAUCAAUCCACACAGUGUGCACAUCAUUCAGCAACACAGUACAGCAGGGCAUGAUCAACACGCAUCACGAGCGAAUGCACGACUCACACGCGGCCAGGCAACUAGUCUAAGGAUAGCCGCUUAGCUUUCAGUGCAUGCACAUUGAGCUUCGGCACGUUCAUGAGAGCUACUUUCAAUACUCAAGUAUUCCGUAAGGCAUGGCGCGUCUGUCAGUGCCCACGACAGCGCGUCUGCCCUCGUCGCUUCGCGUCGACCCGUCCAACCCGGCCGUCACCAAGAUCCUCGGCCGCCUCUCGCGCUCCUCCCUCCUCACUGUAGUUCUCGACUGGCUGGAUGACAACAACCUGCCGCUGGCACAACCGUAUCUCCGCCGAGGCCCUGGGGACGAGAGCGAAGACGAGGACGAAGAUGACGAAACCGACGACUUCUACCCCCCUGCGCGCUCCGUCCAGGCACUGCGAGAGCUCUAUCUCUCGCUGCAGGCACGCAAGGGAUCCAAGCGGGAGGUCCUCGACCGCAUCACCGAAGGCGACUGGCGACACGGUCUGAGCCUGUACCAACUGGCCAUGGCCGACCUGCAGAACCUCUACGACCACCCGACCUCGCAGAAAUGGUCCGCCUACCGCAUCGUCCCGCUCAAACCCCCGCACGACCCGGACGGCGAGGAGCCGCCCGAGGUCGACCAGCAGUCGCUGACCAUUCCCCGCUUCCACCCUUCCACCUUCCUCAAGAACCUGCAAGCUCAGGUCCUGCCGGACGUCAAAGCACACUACAACUUCGACCAGCACAAGACGCUGCCCCUUCUCCUUCUCCGCAUCUUCAUCGUCGACUCCCCCUACAACACCAGCCUCAGCCUACAAACGCCCGCCAGCAGCACCACAACCGCCGCCUCCUUCGACGCCUCCCGAACCGUCUACAUCGCUUUCCCCAACGCCUCGCCCCACAUUUUCAUCUCCAAGCCGCAAACCACCACCACCGCUACCACCGCCACGGCCACCCUCACUUCCACCGCGUCCGCCUCCAGAGCCGGCUCCGGCGCCGGCGCCGGCGAGUCCAGAUCCCUGCGGGCGCUGCUGGUCGAGGGCAUCCCCAAGGCGCUGGCGCGCCCGCUGCAGCGCCAGCGCUUCGCGCUGCGGUCGACCAGCCUGGUGACGCGCAACCUGGCCGAGCUGGUCGCGCGGCGCGGCGGCGGCCGCACCAACGCCGCCGGCGGCGGGUGGAGCGUGUACGCCGACGAGGGAAGCAGCAGCAGCAAGCGGCGCGGGCGCGAGACGCCGCUGGAUCUGGUCUUGCCCUCCCCGCCCUUGUCGGAGCAAGAGGGGGAUUGUUCCGCGGUGGUGGUGGGCGGCGGCGGCGGCAGCGGCAGCGGGAGGGGGAAGAGGGCUGCGCCUGGGGCGGCUGCGGCGGUGAUGAUGAUGUCUGCUGAGGAGAGGAGGGAGGAGAGGGCGGCGAAGAGGGCGCGGCUGGUUGCGCGGGCGAGGUUUGCGGAUACGGCGAAGAUGGGGGAUGGCAAGGGCGUGGAGAGGGUUGAUGUUGUGGUGGAGGAUGCGUUUCCUCGAUUGGAAGGGGAGGUUGUGGACGGGGAGGUGGAGGAGGAGGAAGAGGGCGCAGCGGAGACGGCCGCGCCGUCGGCUGGCAGAGGCGGGCGGAAGAGCCAGGUCGAUGCUAUCUUGCAAAGGGUCAGCGGGGACGACGAGGACGACGGGCAAGAGGAGAGCGAAGCUGCGCAGGGCUGGCGCCCGUAUGUCAGGCUGACGUUCCAUGGGCCGCAUGUGUUUGCCGGAAUCAGGCAGCUGGUCGAGUGUGGGAUUAUCGAGGGCGAGCGGAUGCCCGGCUGGAUGACCGGCGAGGAAGGGGUAACGAUCGGCGCUGUAAGGCACGGGAGGAUACGCGGUCACAAAGGGUCUGGCUUGUAAGCGGGCAGCUCGGAAGUUCCCGGUUGUUUGGUUUAUCGUGUUGUAUAUCUACCGGCGGCGUCUCACAGACCCAUAUCCCCUGGAUGGUUCGCUCAAUGGCAUCUGGAAACCCACCCGUCUAUCUGUAAAUGCGACUGGCUUCCGCGAAC